AUGCGUGGUUUGUUCAACAUCAUCUUCAUCUCAUGCCUUUUCGCCGUCACCACCGCUCUCAACUGCUAUAUCUGCAACAGUCUCAAAGAUCCAGAAUGUGUUGACAAUUAUGAAUCAUUCUCGAAGGUUUGCCCGGUGAAAACCUUCGAUGGCCGCAAAGCGGUUAAACCCGUCGGAUGCCGUAUCAUCCGUCAAUACAUCCACAGCGAGUAUUCGAUUGUGCGUGAGUGUGCCUACAGUGGCGAAGACGUCAGCAACAAGUCCAACAAGGGAUCGUUGGGAGUUUCGCGCAUUGUCACCCAGUGCUCGGACAAACCAGUUUGCAACUCCUCCUCGACUUACGCCAUCCUUCCAGUCGUCCUCAUCGCUUUCUACAAAUUGCUUCACUGA